UCAUUUCAAAUCGAAUCGGCGUCUGGAGAACAUCUCCGCAGGGGUUAAUGCUCACACCCCUAUUUUGAUAAAAUAUAGAAAAUAUAUAUGGCGAGAGAGCUCAUUUGGCGCUGAGCUUCUUUCUCAUAUUCUUAAAUCGCAAUGGAGAUGAAUAGAAAAGUAAUGCGUGCUGGGAUAUCUGUGCGCACAUCUGCCGGAGAAGUGAUAGUUACCAAGUGUUGCCCCGAGGACAGGUUUAUUCUCAUGGACACAGAUCAAGAUCAAAGCUCUCCAAUAAAAUCUGGAUUGGAAUGUGGAUUGCCCGGGAGUAAUGAAAGUCUCGACAUGUUCCCAACUGCCGCCAACCAGGUCAACGAAAGGUGCUCAACUAGGGCCCAGUUCAUGGAGAGUCGGAAGUUGCCUCCGUUCAAUCAGCUCAAGCGUGCAAACCCGAGCAGUCGUGCUGGGCCGUGUCGGGGCUACAAGGGGCAUCGCAAUGAAAGCAGGCCGAUUGCGAGAACUGCAAAUGAGAUCGAGGGUAACUUGGUGGUGGCGCUAAUCGAUAGCAGCAAUCCUGCCGGCAAGAUGACGCCGAGUCAAUGGGAACUGGUGGAGGCAAGACUGGUCGAUGAAAUGCUCCACUUCAUGGAUAUUCCUCACGUGUUGCCCAUCAGAUUCGACGAUGCUGGUUGGCAGUCAGGCGUCAAGCUUAUCACCUGUGCCGAUGCACACGCUCUGGACUGGCUUUCCAGAACUGCGUCAGCAAUGCCGGCGCCUUGGCCCGAUGCAAAACUGAAAGUUGUCAACAAGGCAUGGAUAACGUCGCCAAUUGAAGCACAGCUGAAUCUGCCACUGGUCAUGCCACAGGAGCAAGUCUUGAAUCUACUCAAGUGGCAAAAUCCAGAUGUACCCACCGCUGACUGGCUGGUGGUUUGUGUCAAGACCGAGAACAAGGGUCAAAAGAUGCUGUUGAAAAUCAGCAAAGAGGCCAGCGAUCUGCUUUCCUCGAGGCAUGGCAGAAUGUGCUGGGGCAUGGGCACUGUGCGUCUUCAGAUUAAGAAGCAACACAAAAGUUCCAAGCCUGAGGCCAGUGAGUUCACUGAGGUGCAACAGGUUCCUUGCUCGAAGGUGACUCCGGAAGUUGAGAAUGCAGAGUCCGCGGUCACUUGCAAUGAUCAAAUGGUAGAGGCACAAGUAGAUCUGCUGGAUAGCUGUGCAGCUGUAGCUGCCACGGCUCAACUAUCGCCGGUGUAAGACGCAAUCCUGAAGGACAUCAUCGUUGAUAUUUUACCAAACAUUAGCUUGGGCAACUAUAGGGUAUACUAGUUUGUUU